CAGAACUACAACUCCCAGCAAACUUCGCGGGGGUUCUCCGUGCGGUGCCGCUGGCGGAAGCGCAAGUCGCGCUUCCGGCGGCGUCCGCGACCGAGGGGGUGCGCCUUUCUCCGCGUCGGGACUACCCGGCUCGCGGUGGCGCGGCGUGGGAGGGGUUUCCUGGUGCGUUCUGGCCCACCAUGGCCAAGCCCACAAGCAAAGAUUCGGGCCUGAAGGAGAAGUUUAAGAAUCUGUUGGGACUGGGAACACCGAGGCCAAAUCCCAGGUCUGCAGAGGGCAAACAGACAGAGUUUAUCAUCACCGCGGAAGUCCUGCGGGAACUGAGUGUGGAAUGUGGCCUCAACAACCGCAUCCGGAUGAUAGGACAGAUUUGUGAAGUUGCAAGAACGAAGAAAUUUGAAGAGCAUGCAGUGGAAGCACUCUGGAAGGCAGUUGCGGAUAUGUUGCAGCCAGAACGGCCGCUGGAAGCCCGGCACGCGGUGCUGGCUCUGCUGAAGGCCAUCGUGCAGGGGCAGGGCGAGCGUUUGGGGAUCCUCAGGGCUCUCUUCUUUAAGGUCAUCAAGGAUUACCCUUCCAACGAAGACCUCCACGAAAGGCUGGAAGUUUUCAAGGCCCUCACGGACAAUGGGAGACAUAUCACCUACUUGGAGGAAGAGCUGGCUGACUUUGUCCUGCAGUGGAUGGAUGUUGGCUUGUCCUCGGAAUUCCUUCUGGUGCUGGUGAAUUUGGUGAAAUUCAACAGCUGCUACCUCGACGAAUACAUCGCAAGGAUGGUUCAGAUGAUCUGUCUGCUGUGUGUCCGGACCGCGUCCUCUGUGGACAUAGAGGUCUCCCUGCAGGUGCUGGACGCUGUGGUCUGCUACAACUGCCUGCCGGCCGAGAGCCUCCCAGUGUUCAUUGUCACUCUCUGUCGCACCGUCAACGCCAAGGAGCUCUGCGAGCCUUGCUGGAAGCUGAUGCGGAACCUCCUUGGCACCCACCUGGGUCACAGCGCCAUCUACAACAUGUGCCACCUCAUGGAGGACAGAGCCUACAUGGAAGACGCCCCCCUGCUGAGAGGAGCCGUGUUUUUUGUGGGCAUGGCUCUCUGGGGAGCCCACCGGCUCUAUUCUCUCAGGAACUCGCCGACAUCCGUGCUGCCAUCAUUUUACCAGGCUAUGGCGUGUGCGAAUGAGGUGGUGUCCUAUGAGAUUGUCCUGUCAAUCACCAGGCUCAUCAAGAAGUACAGGAAGGAGCUCCAGGCGGUGACAUGGGACAUUCUGCUGAACAUCAUCGAACGGCUCCUUCAGCAGCUCCAGACUCUGGACAGCCUGGAGCUCAGGACCAUCGUCCAUGACCUGCUGACCACGGUGGAGGAGCUGUGUGACCAGAACGAGUUCCACGGUUCCCAGGAGAGAUACUUUGAGCUGGUGGAGAGCUGUGCAGACCAGAGGCCUGAGUCCUCCCUCCUGAACCUCAUCUCGUAUAGAGCGCAGUCCAUCCACCCGGCCAAGGAUGGCUGGAUUCAGAACCUGCAGGCACUGAUGGAGAGAUUCUUCAGGAGCGAGUCCCGAGGCGCCGUGCGCAUCAAGGUGCUGGAUGUGCUGUCCUUCGUGCUGCUCAUCAACAGGCAAUUCUAUGAGGAGGAGCUGAUUAACUCGGUGGUCAUCUCCCAGCUCUCCCACAUCCCCGAGGAUAAAGACCACCAGGUCCGAAAGCUGGCCACCCAGUUGCUGGUGGACCUGGCAGAGGGCUGCCACACACACCACUUCAACAGCCUGCUGGACAUCAUUGAGAAGGUGAUGGCCCGCUCCCUCUCCCCACCCCCGGAGCUGGAAGAGAGGGAUGUGGCUGCAUACUCAGCCUCCCUGGAGGACGUGAAGACAGCAGUCCUGGGGCUCCUGGUCAUCCUUCAGACCAAGCUGUACACCCUGCCUGCGAGCCACGCCACGCGCGUGUAUGAGAUGCUGGUCAGCCACAUCCAGCUCCACUAUAAGCACAAGUACACCCUGCCCAUUGCCAGCAGCAUCCGGCUACAGGCCUUUGACUUCCUGUUGCUGCUGCGGGCUGACUCACUGCACCGCCUCGGCCUGCCCAACAAGGACGGGGUCGUGCGGUUCAGCCCCUACUGCGUCUGUGACUACAUGGAGCUGGAGAGAGGCUCUGAGAAGAAGGCCGGCGGCUCCCUUUCUCCUCCCACAGGGCCUGCGGGCCCGGCUGUGCGGCUGGGCUCCCUGCCCUACUCUCUGCUCUUCCGCGUCUUGCUGCAGUGCUUGAAGCAGGAGACUGACUGGAAGGUGCUAAAGCUGGUUCUAGGCAGGCUGCCCGAGUCCCUGCGCUACAAAGUGCUCAUCUUCACCUCCCCAUGCAGUGUGGACCAGCUGUGCUCCGCCCUCUGCUCCAUGCUUUCAAGCCCAAAGACAGUGGAGCGGCUCCGAGGCGCCCCGGAAGGCUUCUCCAGAACUGACCUGCACCUGGCCGUGGUUCCAGUGCUGACAGCGUUAAUCUCUUACCAUAACUACCUGGACAAAACCAAGCAGCGCGAGAUGGUCUACUGCCUGGAGCAGGGCCUCGUCCACCGCUGUGCCAGCCAGUGCGUGGUGGCCCUGUCCAUCUGCAGCGUGGAGAUGCCUGACAUCAUCAUCAAGGCGCUGCCUGUUCUGGUGGUGAAGCUCACGCACAUUUCGGCCACAGCCAGCAUGGCCGUCCCGCUGCUGGAGUUCCUGUCCACCCUGGCCAGGUUGCCUCACCUCUACAGGAACUUCGCCGCGGAACAGUACGCCAGCGUGUUUGCCAUCUCCCUGCCGUACACCAACCCCUCCAAGUUCAAUCAGUAUAUCGUGUGCCUGGCCCAUCAUGUCAUAGCCAUGUGGUUCAUCAGGUGCCGCCUGCCCUUCCGGAAGGAUUUCGUCCCAUUCAUCACUAAGGGCCUGCGCUCCAAUGUUCUCUUGUCUUUUGAUGACACCCCUGAGAAGGACAGCUUCAGAGCACGGAGUACUAGUCUCAACGAGAGGCCCAAGAGUCUGAGGAUAGCCAGACCCCCCAAACAAGGCUUGAAUAACUCUCCACCCGUGAAAGAAUUCAAGGAGAGCUCAGCAGCCGAGGCCUUCCGAUGCCGCAGCAUCAGUGUGUCUGAACAUGUGGUCCGCAGGAUACAGGCGUCCCUCACCAGUGCCAGCCUGGGGUCUGCAGACGAGAACUCCGUGGCCCAGGCUGACGACAGCCUGAAAACCCUCCACCUGGAGCUCACGGAAACCUGUCUGGACAUGAUGGCUCGAUACGUCUUCUCUAACUUCACGGCUGUGCCAAAGAGGUCUCCCGUGGGAGAAUUCCUCCUGGCUGGUGGCAGGACUAAAACUUGGCUGGUUGGGAACAAGCUUGUCACCGUGACCACAAGCGUGGGAACGGGGACGCGUUCGUUGCUAGGUCUGGACUCGGGGGAGCUGCAGGCCGGCCCAGAGUUGAGCUCCAGCCCUGUUGUGCACGUGAGACAGACGAAGGAGGCGCCAGCCAAGCUGGAGUCCCAGGCUGGGCAGCAGGUGUCCCGUGGGGCCCGGGACCGGGUCCGCUCCAUGUCGGGGGGACACGGUCUUCGAGUCGGCGCCCUGGACGUGCCAGCCUCCCAGUUCCCGGGCAGUGCAACUUCUCCAGGACCACAGACUGCACCAGCUAUGAAGGCUGAGAAAGCCAGCACCCGGCUUCCCGUGCAGAAGACAAACCUGGCGGCCUAUGUGCCCCUGCUGACCCAGGGCUGGGCGGAGAUCCUGGUCCGGAGGCCCACAGGGAACACCAGCUGGCUGAUGAGCCUGGAGAACCCCCUCAGCCCCUUCUCUUCAGACAUCAACAGCAUGCCGCUGCAGGAGCUGUCCAACGCCCUCAUGGCGGCUGAGCGCUUCAAGGAGCACCGGGACACAGCCCUGUAUAAGUCGCUGUCAGUGCCCGCGGCCAGCACGGCCAAACCCCCUCCUCUGCCACGCUCCAACACAGUGGCCUCUUUCUCCUCCCUGUACCAGUCCAGCUGCCAAGGACAGCUGCACAGGAGCAUUUCCUGGGCAGACUCGGCCGUGGUCAUGGAGGAGGGAAGUCCUGCCCCAGUGGAGCCCCCAGAGUUGGAGGAAUUCGAGCCGGCUCUGGGCACAGACAGACGCACGGAUGCUUACAGCCGGUCUUCCUCAACCUCCAGCCAGGAGGAGAAGUCAUUCCACGCAGAGGCUGGCCCGGGUAUCCCCAUCGAGCGCGCCGUCUCCUCCGAGGGUGGCCGGCCCUCCGUGGACCUCCCCUUCCAGCCUUCGCAGCCCCUGAGCAAGUCCAGCUCCUCUCCUGAGCUGCAGACGCUGCAGGACAUCCUCGGCGACCCGGGGGACAAGGCCGAAGUAGGCCGGCUGAGCCCUGAGGUUAAGGCCCGGUCACAGUCAGGGAUCCUGGAUGGGGACAGUGCUACCUGGUCAGGCCCAGGAGAAGACAGCCGGGGCCAGCCCGAGGGUCCCUUGCCUUCCAGCUCCCCCCGCUCGCCCAGUGGCCUCCGGCCCCGAGGAUACACCAUCUCGGACUCGGCCCCAUCACGCAGGGGCAAGAGGGUAGAGAGGGACGCGUUUAAGAGCAGAGCCGCGGCCUCCAGUGCAGAGAAAGUGCCAGGCAUCAACCCCAGUUUCGUGUUCCUGCAGCUCUACCAUUCACCUUUCUUUGGAGACGAGUCCAACAAGCCCAUCCUUCUGCCCAAUGAGUCACAGUCCUUUGAGCGGUCGGUGCAGCUCCUCGAUCAGAUCCCGUCGUAUGACACCCACAAGAUCGCCGUCCUGUAUGUGGGCGAAGGCCAGAGCAACAGCGAGCUCGCCAUCCUGUCCAACGAGCAUGGCUCCUACAGGUACACAGAGUUCCUGACGGGCCUGGGCCGGCUCAUCGAGCUGAAGGACUGCCAGCCAGACAAGGUGUACCUGGGAGGCCUGGAUGUGUGUGGUGAGGACGGCCAGUUCACCUAUUGCUGGCACGACGACAUCAUGCAAGCCAUCUUCCACAUCGCCACCCUGAUGCCCACCAAGGAUGUGGACAAGCACCGCUGUGACAAGAAGCGCCACUUGGGCAAUGACUUUGUGUCCAUUGUCUACAAUGACUCCGGCGAGGACUUCAAGCUCGGUACCAUCAAGGGCCAGUUCAACUUUGUCCACGUGAUCAUCACCCCGCUGGACUAUGAGUGCAACCUGGUGUCGCUGCAGUGCAGGAAUGACAUGGAGGGCCUUGUGGACACCAGCGUGGCCAAGAUUGUGUCUGACCGUAACCUGUCCUUUGUGGCCCGCCAGAUGGCCCUGCAUGCAAAUAUGGCCUCACAGGUGCACCACAGCCGCUCCAACCCCACUGACAUCUACCCCUCCAAGUGGAUCGCCCGGCUCCGCCACAUCAAGAGGCUCCGCCAGCGGAUCUGCGAGGAAGCCCCGUACUCCAACCCCAGCCUGCCUCUGGUGCACCCCCCGGCCCAUGCCAAAGCCCCUGCACAGACUCCAGCCGAGCCCGCACCUGGCUACGAGAUGGGACAGCGGAAGCGCCUCAUCUCGUCUGUGGAGGACUUCACCGAGUUCGUGUGACGCGGAGGCCAGCCCUAGACGGUACUGUGUCGGUGAAAUAAAGCCGUGGCCCUGCACGCAGACACGGGCGCGGACUGCAGUCAGA